AUGGUUUCCCUUGCAACCGCAAUACUUAUGCUAGGGUCAAGUCCUUCCAAAGACAAAUCUGAGUCUGAGCCUGAAAGUGAUAAUACUGAGAAUCAAGAGCAAGAAUAAUAGCCUAAAUCGUUUGUCAAGAAUGUAUUGGACUCAUUUGAGAUACCAAAGCUUCUGAAAGAAAGAGAAUAGCAGAAGUUGAAGGAAUACUUGGAGAGAGAUGAGACUGAUAUUACUGAGAUCGAAAGAGAUAUUACUCCUGAAGACAUUGAAGACAUGAGGGAACUUGAUAAGACUUAUAGUAUCGAGUAAUAUGAUAAAGACAGCAAGUAAAAACAGCUAGAGAAACAAGCUUCCUACAUUCUUGAUCCUUACUCGAAGAAAGAAAGCACAAAGAUGAGACAUUAAGAAUACAGAAUAAUAAAAAUAGGCAAACAUGAUCUAUUAAAGAAUGGAUAAAUGGUUUAAAUAUCUGUGUGUGACCCCUUUAAUGACAAUCUAUUUCAUCCUACUGAUAGAGUGAUCAUUGCGAAGCAUGAAGGCCAAUAUCAUGCUGUUGGAUCAUUUUGUGGAUUUGAUUACACAAAUCUAGCGACUGGAGCAUUUCUUGGUGAGAAGUUGAUAUGCCCAACUUGUGGAAGUACAUAUGACAUAAAAAAUGGAUUUGUAGAUUAAGGACCUUCACUUAGAAAUAUUUCAUCUUUUUCAACCUCUAUAAGAGAAGAAUAAGUACAGCUCAUUACCCCUGAACACAUCCCUGCUUUUUCAUUGAAAAACCACAUUCAAAGAGAGCAUAUUGAUCCAAGAGUUUUUGCAGUUAUAGGUGAUAGUGAAGCCGCUUUAUCAGCAAUUGAUGCACUAAGAACUUAAUUUACUGGUAGAAUUGUUCUUAUUCCAACAUCAUCAUAUGGUUAGUUUGAGAAUCUAGAUAUUUUGAAUCGUAAGUUUAGUCCAAUCUAGAAAAAUGAGUCUUAUUUGGUCGAAAAAGAUUUCCUGGAUAGAGCUAAUGUUGAAGUGGUGGCAGGAGAACUAUCAAGUAUCGAUCUAAACAAAAAUGAGAUAGGCAUGAAGGGUCAAAAGUCUAAGAUAAAAUUUGAUAAAGUUAUGAUUGCUUGGGGGUCUUAGAAAAAGAGAAUAUAGAAUUUGGCUGGCUCUGAAUAUUCUAAUGUAUAUUAUUUAGAAGAUAGAUUUUCUCAUGCCAAAGUUCACAAUGAAAUUUUGAAGGCUAAGACUAUACUAGUAAUGGGAGGUACUUUUGAAGCAUACUAAACUGCGUCUUCUGUGAGAAAAUAUUUAGACUCAGUAGGAUAGACUGAGACUGAAAUUAUUUUAUUGGAUCAUUAGCCCAGUGAAGUUGAGCAAGCAUUCGGAGGAAAUAUAGCCAGCAUGAUACAUAAGAUGCUAAGAGAUUAAAGAAUUAGUGUGAUUAUGUCUGCAGAAAUAACAAAGAUGAGAGGAAUUGAUAAACUAGAUUCAAUUUACUUCAAGAGAAAUAAUCAAAAGAAGGGAGAAAAGAAAAUUGAAUACUUUAUUAAGCCAGAUAUAGUCAUUGCUGAAAAUGGACUUGGAGCUCCUAAAAUUGAGAUUAAGAAAUUAUUGACUCCAGAUGUCCAUGCUGAAAGUGAUGAACCCCCUCUAGCAAUUGGAGUAGAUUCAAACGGUAUCCCAGCAUGUGAUAUUAAGUUCUCACUUCACUAUAACGAUAUUCAUUCUCCUAUCUUUGCCUGUGGAUCUUGUACCUAAUAUCCCUCAUUUAUGCAAAAAACCAAAGUUCGAACAUAGGAUGUAAAAUACAACAUAGAAUCGGCAUUUUUUGCAGCUAUGAACAUGAUGGAUAAAAGAGUUGAGUUCAGAUAUAUCCCUUUCACUCCAUUAAAAUUGGGUGAUACUCCAAUCUAUUUCAUUGGAGAAAGAAAUCAAGGAUUUCAUGAGAUCAUUAUUGAGGGAGAUGUGGAAGCGAGAAAGUUUAUUGCAUAUUUCGUAUAUGGAAAAGAAGUGUGUGGUGUUUUAACUGUCGGCUAUCAAAAUUUGCAUCUUUACAUUUGGGAAGCAAUGAGAAUGCUGAUAAUGCCAGCUGCAGCUUAACUCAGAAAUUAAUCACUCACUUAUCAAGAUAUUGUGAGAGCAGUACUUAGAUCAAGACCUUUUAUAAAAUGUAAGAGAAGUGAAAUUGUCAGAUUACCUUCAGUUAUGUUGGCUGAGUUUGAUUAAGAACUUGAAAAAUCAGCUGAGUUGAGUGAAAAAGUUAAAGCCAAUAUUAAAAUUGAAAACUAAAGAUAAAGGGUAAAGUUUGAGGAGAUGAAAGAAAAGUAUGACAGAGAAGGAGUUGAAUUUGUGCAGGAUGAAAUGGACAUUCUUAACUAAGGAGGAAAGAAAUAGAAUGAUAAAGCUAUAACGGCUAGAACCAGAAGUGGAGGUUACAAACCUGGUAGUGAAGAUAGUGGCAACAUAAUGAAAUAAAGGAAUCUUAAUAUAGGUGGAGAAGACAAAAAUCCAUUUUCUUAAUUAUUUAACAUGGCUAAAUAAGAUUUCAAAGGCCCACGUUGA